AUGUCUUCAAAGUUUAAUACAUGGGAUGUGGUGGCCUAUGGGAAAGACAGAUUUUUGCAUGUUUUAGUAACAUUUAUAUAUUUGCAAGAAUAUGUAUCUAGUCGUUCGGAUGGAUCGGAAGAUGAGAUCGAGCGACGUCCAACGAGUGGAUCCUCUGACAGCGAGCUGUCGCAUUCACCGCAAACUCAAGGCUGGAUACUUGUUAAAAACGAAGCGGGUAAAACCACAGAGGCGGUAGAAGUGGAGUUGGAACAAGUGACACUCAGAGCUCACCGCAGCUCGGCGCUAGCUCGUUGUGCUGAAGCUCUAGCAUUGGUUAUAAGAGACGUGGCUCACGUCACACCCCACAAUUGCCGGGCCGCUGUAAAGGCUGUACGGCUCUUGGCCAGAGCUACUUUACACUCAGGGAAGUCGAGCAAAUCGCGUUCAGGACGUAAAGCGGGUCGCGGUCGCGAUUCCAGUGAUGAAGAGGAUUCCCUGGACAGCUACCACAUGGUCAGCAUUCAGCUACUCGACCUAAUGCACACAUUGCACAGUCGGACGGCGCAAAUAUUCAAAUGGUGGAGGGACGAAGCUGACCAAGGGCAAGGUGCUGAAGAAUACGACCUUUGGGAGGUCGCAUGGAAGCCCCUUUUACAAGGCAUUGCUGAGUUUUGUACUGAUAAAAGGAAACAGGUGUCAAACAGUGCGAUAGCGUACCUCCAGCGAGCAUUGCUGGCUCCCGCACUAUCGUCCUUGGGCGGCGUUGGGUGGGAAGCCUGUUUCUCCUACGUCUUGCUUCCUUUGCUCACUCAGCCGCCGCCCAGACAUGAGACCGCUGCCAGGGCGGACACGCUCAUGUGCAAGGUCUUCCUCCAACACUUACAAGCGCUCAGUGGUCGCGCGACUUUCGCAUCGCUUUGGACGAAGAUAGUCCGGGUUCAGCAAUCACUCCUUCAGGCGUCGGCGGAACCUCUCAGAGAAGGUGCCCUGGAGUCACUCAAGAACAUGCUCCUCGUCAUGCAUUCUGUCAAGAUUUUUAGCAACGGCGAAGGCUACAACGACCUCUGGUACCUGACUUGGGACAUGAUUGGCGAGUUCCUGCCCAACUUGAAGCAAGAGCUGUUUCCAGAUGUCAACGACAACACGAAACCAACACAGAACCUGCCGAGCCACAUGCAACCUUCCAUUCCCCAUUCGCUUCCAACCCUCAUCCCGGUCGGAUCCAACAGUAUGUCCAAUAUUCAAUCCAGUCCAACUCACAUCCAGCGCCAGACUCCCAAUAUUCUAGUGGGCCCAAAUUCGCCAAUCAAUUUGCCCUUGACCCCACCCGUCGGGCCGACGUUGGUGACGCCAGUCCCAGUAGCUGGCGCGGUGCCGGUACCCAAUGAUAACGAGAGGGUGAUUACUCCAAGUGGCCCCGUCGGUGGUAUGGUCGCCAUACGGAACCCGUUGUAUGAUCAGUCUGCGUUGACGUCAUCAGUUUUAUUACAGCCUUUGAAUGAGAUGGUGUCAACACCCAUCGGGAUAUCGCUACAGUCACAAAAUCAGAUCCAACCACAACCGGCCACAAAUCCUCCCACCAAUGCACCGAUUAACCCAAUCCCAGACGCCACCUCAAAUCCCCAAACCGAUACCCCCGAAGUACAACAUAGUGAAAUAUUUGCCGAGUAUCUCACCAACCCCUACCACGAUAUCGCAGUAGGGGCGAAGGAGGCGACACUCUACGAACCCGAGCUAGGCCAGAAGUCCUUCAGUGCAAAUGUCACUCCAAUGCACAGCAAUAAAGCUCAAUUUGGCUCGACGGACAACGUCAGGGAGUCGGGCAUGUUCAAUUUCUCUAGUUAUUUCAGCUCCGGGAUUAACUCCGAGUUCGAUGCGCUGAUGUCCACACAAGAGGGAUAG